AUGAGGUGGUUCGGCAUAUUCAGCCUCCCUCUCUCCAUCAAUCCCAGUCUCCCGCAUUACCAACAAAAUGGCAACUUCCUCAAUCCCAUCCCCGGCGGUCGUAUCCGCCGGCGUCCACCGCCCCCUCCGCAGAACCGUUGCACUUCCCUUUCCAUCCUCUGUGGCCGCAAAAACUCACCGACCAAUCACUACUCUUCGCGCCUCCUCCGCCGCUGCAUCGGCUGGCGGGGGCGCGGAGCUCACUACGGCGAUCUGGUGGCGAAUCUCCUGCUAGGCCUAACCGUACUGUGGCUACCGCUAACCCUAGCGGCGGUGUCGAGGGCGUUUAACCUCCGUUACAGGUUCACGAAUCUGAGAGUGACGGUGAUAUCGGGACUGACCGGAGAGGACAGGAGCGACUUCUCGUACACGGCGAUAAAGGACGUGAAGGUGGUGCCGAGGUUCAUCGGAGAGUGGGGUGACAUCGUCAUAACGUUGAAGGACGGGACGAAGGUGGAUCUGAGGAGCGUUCCCAAGUUCAGAGAGAUCGCCAAGUAUUGCUUAGCCAUGGCCGAUCAACCUGCGGUCUUGAAGGAAUCUGCCCCCAAGGGCUUCUGAUCUUUUUCUCUCUCUCUCAAUUGAUUGUGAAUUAUGUUCCUAAUAACGGAUUACAUAUAUAUGUAUUUACUCGUAUAUUGGUUUCUGAUACGAUAAAGUUUGGGGGGAGAAAAUAUUUUAUGGGCUUUUUGAAUUUGAAGGUUGAGGUUAUUUGGGCU